GUGGCGGCCGGGCGGCGCCGCGAUGUUCGUGGCGCGCAGCAUCGCGGCGGAUCACCGCGACCUCAUCCACGAUGUCUCCUUCGAUUUCCACGGGCGGCGCAUGGCCACCUGCUCCAGCGACCAGAGCGUCAAGGUCUGGGACAAAAGUGAAAAUGGGGAUUGGCAUUGCACUGCAAGCUGGAAGACGCACAGCGGCUCUGUGUGGCGUGUGACGUGGGCCCAUCCUGAGUUCGGGCAGGUCCUGGCCUCCUGCUCUUUUGAUAGAACAGCAGCUGUGUGGGAAGAAAUAGUGGGAGAAUCCAAUGAUAAACUCCGAGGCCAGAGUCACUGGGUAAAGAGGACCACUCUGGUAGACAGUAGGACAUCUGUUACAGAUGUGAAGUUUGCUCCCAAGCAUAUGGGUCUUAUGUUAGCAACUUGCUCAGCAGAUGGCGUUGUAAGGAUUUAUGAAGCCCCAGAUGUGAUGAAUCUCAGUCAGUGGUCACUGCAGCAUGAAAUCUCAUGUAAGCUAAGCUGCAGUUGCAUUUCGUGGAAUCCUUCUAGCUCCAGAGCACAUUCUCCGAUGAUAGCUGUAGGAAGUGAUGACAACAGUCCAAAUAUAUUGGCUAAAGUUCAAAUUUAUGAAUACAAUGAAAAUACCAGGAAAUAUGCAAAAGCAGAAGCUCUGAUGACAGUCACAGAUCCUGUGCACGAUAUUGCAUUUGCUCCAAAUCUGGGAAGAUCCUUUCACAUCUUAGCUGUGGCAACCAAAGAUGUACGAAUUUUCACACUAAAACCUCUAAGGAAAGAAUUGACUUCAUCUGGAGGAUUAACAAAAUUUGAAAUUCAUAUCGUGGCUCAGUUUGACAAUCACAAUUCCCAGGUGUGGCGAGUCAGCUGGAACAUCACGGGCACAGUGCUGGCCUCCUCCGGCGAUGACGGCUGUGUUAGGCUUUGGAAGGCUAAUUACAUGGACAACUGGAAGUGCACUGGUAUACUGAAAGGUAACGGGAGUCCAGUCAAUGGUAGUUCCCAGCAGGGAAUUUUUAACGCCUCUCUAGGUUCAGCCAAUACAAGCCUACAGAAUUCACUAAAUGGAUCAUCUGCCAGCAGAAAGCAGAGCUGAUACCAAGCUAACUGGAGUAACUUUGAUGUUUUGCUGCUUGUUGCAUGCACACAGGAAUGGAAAAUGAACUCCUUUUUCCCCUCCCCAACGCCGUUUGACCUCUCCCAAGACACCAGCAGCCUGCUAACUACUAAACGCUAUUCCAAAAACCUUUUUAAACUACGUUGUGUACUUUUUUUGUACUAGGCCGCACAGUUUGAUACUGUUGAAACUCCUGAUAGAAAAAAUACUAGGAGAGGCUUUUUGUUUAAAAAAAAAAAAAAAUCAAAAGAAAAAAAACUUCCAUCAGAACAGUUUCUUAAAAUAACUUGUCGAGUGAGCCAGUUCUUGAGCAAAACUGAAAAUCUUGUCCUUGGUUGGGAUGGGAGGAGGGAAGUGACCAUUAAAGUAGCUUUCAUUAAAAUUGUUUUGAUAACUGCUGUGUUUUACAUUUCAUGGUGUUUAACACUUGACUGAGAUUCCUUAACAUCACAAGUUUGUAACUGCUUUGUAAUAUAUGCAACUGUUAGUUUUAAAGGAAAAAUUGUGCUUUGACAAUUGUACAGAUGGUAGCUUUUGAUAGUUUGGUAUUUCUUCAUUUAUAACUUAGUAUGACUUAAAAUAUGUUUUUUGUAAGUGCUGUCAAGCUUGCUUCAUCCUGACUGGGACGCAUAUGUUUUCUGAUGUGUUUGUAUGUUCCUAUGGCAAUGAUUCCAUGCGUAACUAAAAUUCUGAGCGUACUGUCCUAAAUAAUGCAAACGUUUGAGCCAUAUGAAAGUUGAAACCAAAAUGCAGCAUGUUGUGGAUUGUCCGUAAUUUCACAAGUGUACAGCUGUUCUUUUAGGCAAGUCCACAGAACUGUAAACAAUAUAGAUAACACCUGUAGGUAUCUAAUGUAGUUAUACUAAAACACACAAAUAUUACGGGUAAGUUCUAAUAAAAAUGGCAGAAAAAUGACAUGGAGUGCUGUAAUUCUGAGUUCUGGAUUCACCAGGAAGCUGAAAUUGAUCCUGAGUAUUUUGCGGAAAUACGUAAAUAGACACAAAGAUUGUACUUCGCUGAAAGCAGUUAUCCUCUGUAAAUGUAUACUAUUAAAUUUAAACUACUGUAAAAGCUA